UAGCAGUUAGUUACUACUUACCUUCUACUAUCGUCCAUGCAAUUCUUGCUCUCCUUCAAUAUUCAUCACCACUCUCUUUCUUUCUCUUUCACUUACCUCUUCAACUCAUCUUUCAAUUCCCUCUCUCUCUAAUUACCAUACUCUCAAGAUUUCUCGUUUUCUCCAAUUCGCAUCGUUAUUUGCAAGCUUACUUCAAUAAAGCAAAGAGGAGUACUUGUGUACUUGCUUGGUUGGUGUUGUAUGUGAAAUCCAAUUGCAAGAAAUGGAAAGAGACAUAGCUGUGGUUCCAGCGGAACCACAGGCGUCAUUGAAGAAGAAGACUGCGGUUUCAAGAAGCUGGAUUUUGCUGGACAGCAAUGGACAGAGUAGCAUUCUUGAUGUGGACAAGUAUGCUAUCAUGCGUAGAGUUCAGAUUCACGCUAGAGAUCUUCGAAUUCUUGAUCCUCUUUUAUCCUACCCUUCUACUAUUUUAGGCAGAGAAAGAGUUAUUGUUCUCAAUUUAGAGCACAUCAAAGCUAUAAUCACAGCCGAGGAGGUAUUGCUUAGAGAUCCACUGGAUGAUAAUGUAAUCCCUAUCGUUGAGGAACUUCAAAGACGAUUGCCUCUCGUGUAUGUCACCGCCACUCAAGUUCAAGUUGAAGAAGAAGAGCACCCUGGGGUGCGAAAAGAUGUUGACACAGACCAAGAAAAUGAAUUCCCAUUUGAAUUCAGAGCAUUAGAAGUUGCACUUGAAGCCAUUUGUAGUUUCCUAGAUGCACGGACUCGAGAACUGGAGACUGAUGCUUAUCCAGCUUUAGAUGAGCUCACCUCCAAGAUUAGCAGUCUUAAUUUGGAUCGGGUGCGUAAACUGAAGAGUUCUAUGACAAGGUUGACAAAUCGGGUUCAAAAGAUAAGGGAUGAACUUGAACAACUUCUGGAUGACGAUGAUGAUAUGGCAGACCUUUACUUAUCAAGAAAAUUAGCAAGCUCUUCACCUAUUAGUAGCUAUGGCGCUCCUCCAAAUUGGUUUCUUAGUUCUCCUACUAUAGGUUCAAAGAUAUCCAGAACAAGUAGGGCCAGUGUAACAACAAUGCAAGGAGAGCAUGAUGUUGAGGAACUUGAAAUGUUGCUCGAGGCGUACUUCAUGCAGAUUGAUGGCACAUUGAAUAAACUGGCCACACUGCGUGAAUACAUUGAUGACACAGAGGAUUACAUCAACAUCCAGCUCGAUAAUCAUCGAAAUCAACUCAUUCAGCUAGAGCUCUUCCUGUGUUCAGGAACUGUGUGUUUGUCUGUAUAUUCCUUGGUGGCAGCCAUUUUUGGCAUGAAUUUGCAAUAUACAUGGAGGGAGGGCCAUGGUUACGUAUUUAAAUGGGUGGUAAUCCUUACAAGUCUAAUUUGUGCAACUCUUUUCGCAUCAAUAAUUUCAUACGCUCGGCACAAAGGUCUCGUUGGGUCAUGAGUAUAGGAUAACAGGGCAAAGCUUCAAUAACUGGAUCAGCAUUUCAGGUGCCAAAAAAGAAAAACCAAAACAAACAUGAUGCUAGAUUACCCAUUAUCAUUUUCAUGUAGAAACAUAGGGAACCAUGGGGCCUUAAGUAAUUAGUCAUUGAAUUUAGCAAGAGUGUCUGAUAAGCCUAUAGGCCUGUAGAUAUAACAAAAUCAAAGAGUAAUUAUUGUUAUUUUGUAUGAUAAAGCCGGUAAAUUCAACUUGUGA